AUGGGGACAAAGACGACGAGCGACGUCCUUGCAUUUAUUGACGCCGUUGAGACCUACAAGGAGUGCGUGCGUGUCGACGACGCUAACGCCCUGCGUGGGUUACCCAUGUUAUUAACGGGGCUUGCCGCCACGUGGUGGCAGGGUGUCAAAGAGACUACUUAUACGUGGCAUGAUGCCGUCGAAGCAUUAAAGGCUACAUUUGGUCCAAGAUUAGCGCGUCAUAAAAUUUAUAGGAAAAUCUUUGAGCGCGAGCAACGUAACGACGAGUCCACCGACAUAUUUGUGUGCCACGUUAGGGCGCUGAUAGCCGAGUUACCACCGUCUUCUCUGUCAGAGGUGGUACAGCUGGAUAUGGUUUACGGGCUCCUGCAACAUCGUAUUAGAGAGAUGGUAGCCUGCUCCAGCUUUGGUACGUUUGCGAAGUUAGUAGCGGAAGCGCGCCGUGUCGAGGACAUUCUCGACGAGGGUCGGCGGCGCCCCGCUCCUGCUGAGGUUAAGCCGUUGAUCUCAGCCGCCGCCCCGUCUUCGCCCGUUCGAUCUUCGGCCUCUGUUUCUAAGGCCCGGCCUCAAUGUAAUUACUGCAAGCAGUUUGGCUAUUUGAAAGAGGCGUGUCAGAAGUUAGCCAAGCUGAAGGCCGCUGAUGUUAAGGUGUCAUCCUCGCCUGCGCCGAUGCCGACCAUCACGUGCUUCGGGUGUGGAGCACCCGGGGUAAUCUAA